AUGGCCGGAAAGGAUCUCAACCAGAAGCUCAAUGAACUCAUCAGCUCCUUGCAAGACCAGGGCAUUCUGGAUGACUACUUUGAUGAACUGAAAGGGUUACAAGAUGAACAAAGUCCACAGUUUGUUACUAACACUAUAACUAUUUACCUUGGUGGAGCAGAUGAUACGAUAGCAGAACUCACCAAAAAUCUGAGUGAGCCUGCAGUGAACUAUCCCAGGGUGACUUAUCUUGCGGAUAAACUGAAGGGAAGUAGCAUGAGGUGUCUUGCACUCUUUGGAGGGGUCAAUCGUGAAUAUUCUAUCUUGCAGGAGAGUCUGAAUAAGAUUGCUCAGUUGGAGCAAGCAAUUCAUGAUAAUAAGGAUUAG